AGAAACUGAAAAUAAAGUGCCGAGAAGUGGGCACGACAGUUGGUAGUGGAAGGGUAAUUACUAUGCCUGUCAUAACUGAAGAUGGCCAGCCUAUUGAGGAUCCUAACUCAAAUGGAGAACAACAAACCAAUAAUGGAUCUCUGCCAAAAGAAGUUAUUCAAUGGAAACUUCUUCUGCACCAAAUUGGUCUCGAUGUUAAUCAAAUUGACCGUACACUAGUUUAUUACGAGAGCCAGGAGAACUUGGCACGGGACAUUCUUACAGUGUACGCAUGGGUGGACACUGACAUCGGUUACUGUCAGGGAAUGAGUGAUCUUUGUUCACCAAUAUCAAUCAUUUUGGAACAUGAAGCGGAUGCUUUUUGGUGCUUUGAACGUCUGAUGCGCAGAGUGGCUCCGAUGCAGCUCUCCCACCGGCCAUACCCCGUGCUGAACGUCCCUCCGCCGAUGCCAUGCGCAAAAUCCACCACGGCUCUCCGCACGCAGGCGUCCCACGCCUGGGCUAUCCCCUUGAUCGACCUGGGCUCCGGGAGGUGGCCGAGUGCGCGUCGGAACUCCACGUCCAGCACGCCAGCUGCAAUCCCCUUCCUGUGUUCGCCGUCGUCUCCGAUGAGCACCGGAGAGAUUUGUGGGUAAUCCGCGGGGAUGAGCAGCUUUGCCGUCAUCUCAGAAGGGUCGAUAGCGCCCUGAGGUCCGGUGUAAGCGACACUGGGAUGUAGCAGAGCUCGAUCACCACCGCCCCGUCCGCUCCUCCUGUGUCGUCGUUGGUGAUUCUGACCUCGGUCUCCACUAGCAUGCUGUAAGCAGCUGUGAUCUCGUCGCGCAGAGCGCCGCCGUGUGUUUUUCGCCUCUUGUUGCAGCUUUCGCCGCUGGAUUCAUCAAACCACGCGCAGCUGCCAGACAUUGUGUGGUGUAAGGCCCGCUUUAAGUUCACUCCCAUAUCUUGGGCUAGGCUGCGAAGCGCUGCCGGCGACAAAGACCUAUUGUUUGUCUGCUGAGCCGGUGG